UCCUGGAAACUGAAGGAGAUGGAACAAUAAAAACUGCUCGAUGCUACACAUUCCAUUUCAAAGGCGUCCUAUUGCAGCUACAAUAGCAAGACUCUGAUUUCCAACAAGGGGCUGACACUGUGUGCCUUUUGCUAAUUUGUAGCGUCAGAUGGCAUAUCUGCAGUUGCUGCAUGGUGCCCCUGCCUGUGUUAUCUCUAUUGCUUUUCCUAGUCGGGUGAGAGCAAAAAUGAAAAUAACUGGAGGACAUCAGACAAGCUGUCAGAGCGAUUAAUCCAGCACCGCCAGCAGAUUCGCGCCUGCCUGCCACCUCGGCAGGAGCGAGGUGGCAGCACACGGCUCCAUUUCGGCGCUCGCACCAAACGGCUCCAACAGAGCGAGAAGCUUGCAGCAGCCAGACUCUGAUCCGGGUUCGUUCAAUCAUCUCGCAUCAGCCGUCCCCCAACUCCCCACCCCGCCCCCCCCCCUCCCCACCUCUCCCGCCAGCUCCGAGUCGCGGCGUCAGCAAAGCUGCGAGCUGGGAAAUAAUUCACCCCACAACCAUUGCCAGCGGUUAGCAUCAAAGAUAAAAAGACGGCGCGCCGCUGACAGUCCUCUCACAAGUAAAUGAUGGAGUAAAAAAACGGCUCAGAAACCAGCGUGGAUGCUUACACAACAACAGAAAGAGUUUUUGCACAUCCCAACUACCACCUCCCCACCCACGCCUUACCACCCCCCCCCCCCCCCCCCCCCUUUUCCUCUUCGCCUGCCUUCUUGACGACUCCCGUGGCAGUGGUGCAGAUUGGCUGGCUGGCUCGCUGGCUUAGCCCAGCGAUGGUGAGCAGGAGCUGCUGCGUGCCGUAGCGCGGCGGACGGCGGGCGCUGCCCAGCCUGGCGCUCGCUCGCUCGCUCAGUCCGCGCGCGCACGGCCGCCAGGUGUGGCGGAGCCCGGCAAUCAGAGCGGCGGGGAAGGCGCAGAGGGACAGACCGAGGCACCGGCAGAGCCUGAGGGAAAGGGUGUUCCGGACCGGGCAACAACCCCCUCCCUCUUCGAGCCAUGGGCUGCUGCAGCGGCAGGUGCACUCUCAUAGUCAUCUCCAGCCUACAACUAAUUGGAGGCUGCAAGUGGUGUGCUGCAGGAAUUGAUGCUGGAUCCCCUGUUGACCCUGUCACAUAUAUUAACGAUUUGGAUGAGAAUGUGUUUGUGUUGGAGAGACAGAUCUUUGAUUUCCUUGGCUACCAAUGGGCACCUAUCCUGGCUAACUUCUUGCAUAUUAUUACUAUCAUUUUUGGCCUAUUUGGGACCAUCCAGUUCAGACAGCGAUAUGUAAUCAGGUAUGCCAUCUGGAUGGUCCUCUGGGUCACAUGGAAUGUGUUUGUUAUCUGCUUCUACUUGGAAGUUGGAGGCCUUGCAAAGGAUACCAACCUGAUUAUGACCUUUAACAUAUCCAAGCAUCGUUCUUGGUGGAUGGAGAAUGGACCAGGAUGUGUGGUAGUGACAAUAACUGAUACUCCGGAAUGGGUACCAGAGGAUCAUCGUUACAUUUAUGUCAGAGGGUGCCUGCUAGGAUACCAGUAUAUAGAAGUGGCACAUAGUUCGCUACAGGUUAUCCUUGCACUUCUUGGGUUUAUCUAUGCCUGUUACGUUAUCAAAAUUGUUGCUGAGGAGGAAGACAGCUUUGAUUUCAUUGGAGGAUUUGACUCAUAUGGCUACCAGGGCCCACAGAAAACAUCUCAUUUACAGCUGCAGCCCAUGUAUAUGUCAAAAUAACCUGGAAACUGGAUGCCUUAAAAUUCUCCUGACUUCAAACUUUUCAUACCUUAAUUUCAAGGAACCUGGCGAUGGUGGCUUUUGUAUUGUUCAGUGUGAAACACUGAUCACCUUUGAAGUGGUGUCCUAGCUCAGAGAUUUGGAAUAACAGAAGACCCAACUAACAUGCAGACAUAUGAAAGACUUCAAAGUUUUAAAACUGCACACAAUAACCAGCAAACUUUCUGCUCUGUGUUUCAACUUGCUGAGUUAAAUAAGUGGAAGUUUGGUGCCUAAAAGGGUGAACUAAAGUAUUGGUGCCCUCUGCAGGCCAAUGUGAAAAGCUGACUGCACAGUUCUCUUUUAUGAUUCCAGAUUGCCAAUUAUAACUGCAACUGUUCAUCAACAAAUUAGAUUAACAGUUUAUAUUUAGAGGUCAUUGUUAAAUAAUCAUUUCUGCUGCAUAAGAUGCAAAUGGUGAAUUGAACCAGUGCCAUGAUUUUACUAAGGAUUGGGUGAUGCUACCAAAUGUGAGCUAAUUCUUAUACUAGCUCCACAUUUGCCUUAAUGUAUGUAGGUCUAGACAUCUCUGAGUAAAUUAAAAAUGUUUGGGGUGGUGGGAGGGGGGACAUUAUAAUGUUGAAAAUAUUUCCCUGAAUGAUUGCUGAUGGAGUCUAUGAUAAUAUUGCUACCAUAGCUUUGCAGGAGAUGCUUUGAAUUCCCCUGACUCUUCAGUAAGCAGUCCACCUCAUCUUUUGCUGUCCCUACACAAAAAUAAAUGUGAAGCUGUGGAAGAAAUAGGCUGUAGUAGUAUAUAUGAAUAGUUGAAAACCUUUAUAGGUCACAUGAAAAAUAGAUGAAAGGCAAGAACCAAACAAAAGUUGAUAGUAUAGUCAAGACACUUCUGUUUCUUCAUUACCACUGCUUCUGCUGUAAUCCACUAAAGCUGUCUACAUUUUUCUAUCUUAAUGUGUAAGGCAGCUAUUAUGUUUUAACACAGGGAUAUAUGUACAUUAUGUUCAUUGAUGCAAACUAAAGGCUAGAAAUUGUAUUUACUGUUAUUUUUUAAUGCACCAGUCUGUUGAAGUACUUUGUGAUGAUCAUCUUUGUUACUAUCUGUAUAAAAGAAACAUGAUUUUAUUAUCUGUAUUAACGCUCUGUUGGUCCCAUGGUGUUUUUGGAAACCAAAUCUGCUAUAGACUAUGUCUUAAACAUUAUAUCUUAGCUAUAUUUGUGGCUCAUGGUUGUGCUUUCUUAGGUAGUUUGGCGGUGCUAUUAAGAACUAAACUAUAGUAAAAUGUGCUUGUAUUAACGUUCUAUACUUGCCUGUUCAAACGCCUGUUCUUGCAGAAUGCUUGCAUUUUAUGCCAAAUGUCACACCCUGGAGUUACAUUUCAGUUUAUUCAUCUCUGCUUGUAAUACUAUAGGGCACAGUGAUUGUUUCAUUAUUUUACAUGUCACCAAAGCACUUCAACUUUACCAUUUUUCUUUGAGAUAGAGGUUGGAUGAAAUGGUGAGUAAAAACAUGUUUUUAAUUUUUGUUGAUUAUGUUGGGAACUGGUCCAAAAGCUGGGGGAAAUGUUGCCUGGCAGGGAAUCUACCAUCUGUGCAAUUAAGAUGUGAUUCCCCAAGGCCGGAUAAUGUCCAGAUUGAGGUCUUUAUUAAUACAAAUAAAAUUAAUAGUUUAUUAGAUUCUAAGAAAACUGCAUUCAAUCUCAGAUUUUGUUGAUUACGUUUGUAAAAUGAAAACCUAAGCCAAUCCAUCUGCAAUUUAUUAUUUACCCUGACAUAGACUGGACAUCAAAAGGUAGAAAUUCAUCAUGGGUGGAUGCAGGAAACAUGCAUGCCCAGAAAUUCAACCACAGUUGGCGGUGCUAAAUUUACUAAAAGGUGCAUCAGUGCAUUGUACUCUGGAAUGAACUUUAAAGAAAGUAUGCAAUGCAGUGAAGUGACCAUUUAGAGUUACCAACUGUUUGUCAAUUUCCAGAUAAUAGUAACCCUAUCGCUUCCCAUGAUAUACAAUGUGAUAUAUUGAUUGAGUUCAAUGGAAUAAAAUAUGGUGCAGCAGAUAUAAUGACCCCCACUCAAGGUGAAUUUCUACUCCAAAGGAUAGAAAUAUGCAUCAGGAUCAUCAAAGGUACAACGGACAGUAUUAAGAAUCAUUUAUUUUUAAUUAUUUCACUAUUUUUAAGGAUUAUAAGAAUCAUUAGUAAGAAAUAUAUCACUAAAACAAUGACUUUGCCCUACAUUAUUAAGCCAAUUGUUUCGAUUGUCAAUAUAUACUCACAGGCAGGUUGCCAGUAGGAACAGAUAGAUUUUCACCUUCACUACCAGCCGAAAAUGAUAGCAUGAAAACCUGGCAGCUCUUUAAAGGGCAGAUUAGUGGCCAGGUGGUAGAAAUAGAAAACUACCCUUUUUUUGAACAUAUUUUAAUGGAAUAUUUAUUUUUAUAGUUGUAGAUAAUGCUGAGGAAAGUUUGUUUCAUGUUCAGUUAUUAAAAGUAAAUUUGAAGACUGAUGGAUUUACAAAAAAUGAAGAAAUCGGUGACUGAAGUCAGAUUUAGCAGUAUAAUUUACCUUUUAAUGUCUAACUUCUAUUAUCUAAUUUUUUUCUUUGAAGGAGAGCAUAGUCCCUGUAUACUUGAACACCAUUGUGCUGUAGGCACUUUUGGA